UUGACCCUGGAGCCUCUUCAACACUCUAAGAAAAUUCAUAGCUUUAAUCAAUGGCUAUCAGCUUUCAAUACUUUUGUAGCCAUAUUUACAGAGAAAUUUCCCCAUGAAGCCCCGCAACUUAUGAAAUAUUGCGAGAUCAUACGCGACAUUUCAACCAAACCGGGUGACUGGUAUUUUUAUGACGAACAAUUUCGUUAUCUUAGGCAGUCAGCCCCUGACCAGUACCCCUGGGAUUCUGUGCACUGGGAGCUAUGGCUUAAGGCGGUAAUAAAUUUUCGUACAAAAUCGCAAUUUAGCUCGGACAACGUCAAUUCUGGGGUUCCUACGCGAUCACGGCCUCGCCAGUCCUUUCCCAAAGGGUCCUGCUAG